CCAGCCCCUUGUCGGCGUCCACCGCGUCGCAAUCAGGGAGGUCUUCGGGUCCGGCGUGGGGGCGUUGGGACCGGCUGCGCGCAGCCAUGAAGUCCCGUAGGGACAAGCUGCUCGUGCCCGCAUUGACGCUCGAUCUGUCUCCGAGCAACCAGAGCCCGUCCCUGCUGAGUCCCGGCAGCCCGUGCAGUCCCUGUAGCCCCUCCUUGGGCCUGCAGCCCUGGAGCUGUCGCAGCGGGAACCGCAAAAGCUUGGUGGUGGGGACGCCCUCACCCACUCUCUCUCGGCCCCUGUCACCAUUGUCUGUGCCAACUGCAGGCAGCAGCCCCUUGGACAGUCCUCGGAACUUCUCAGCUGCAUCUGCUGUCAACUUCCCUUUUGCAAGGAGCCUCCUCCCACACAAUGACAGGGCAGAUGGAAGGAGGUGGUCUCUCGCAUCUCUCCCUUCUUCCGGCUAUGGCACCAACACACCCAGCUCCACUGUCUCGUCAAGUUCAUCCUCCCGGGAGCAUCUCCACCAGCUUCCGUUCCAGCCCACUCCAGAUGAGCUGCGCUUCCUGUCUAGACACUUCCGCAGUUCUGAGUGUGUGGCUGAUGAUGAGGGUGGCCACCGCUCCCCACGCUUGCGACCCCGCUCCCGCAGCCUCAGCCCAGGACGCACAUCGGGAACCUUCGACAAUGAGAUUGUCAUGAUGAACCACGUGUACCGGGAGCGCUUCCCCAAGGCCACUGCGCAGAUGGAGGGCCGCCUGCAAGACUUCCUAGCUGCCUACGCACCAGGUGCACGCCUGGCACUGGCGGACGGCGUCCUGGGCUUCAUCCACCACCAGAUCGUGGAGCUGGCCCGGGACUGCCUAGCCAAGUCAGGCGAGGCCCUGGUCACCUCGCGCUACUUCCUGGAGAUGCAGGAGAAGUUGGAGCGGCUGCUGCAGGAUGCUCACUUGCGCUCAGACAGCCAGGAGGUGGGCUUCAUUGUGCAGCUGGUUCGCAAGCUUUUGGUCAUCAUAUCACGGCCAGCACGGCUGCUCGAGUGUCUGGAGUUCGACCCUGAAGAGUUCUACCAUGUGCUGGAGGCUGCUGAGGGCCAGGCCCGUGAGGGCCACGGCAUAAAGACUGACCUGCCACGCUACAUUAUCGGGCAGCUGGGCCUGGCCAGGGAUCCUUUGGAAGAGAUUGUGCCUCUGAGUGACCUUGAUGAUGGACAGCCCCCAGCUCCUGAGUCCCCAGAGAGCCAUGCCCUGGGUGGCUCAUCCCGGAGGAAGCCCUGUGAGAGCGACUUCGAGACCAUCAAGCUGAUCAGCAAUGGGGCCUAUGGGGCUGUGUACCUGGUGCGGCACCGGGACACACGGCAGCGCUUCGCAAUGAAGAAGAUCAACAAGCAGAACCUGAUCCUGCGCAACCAGAUCCAGCAGGUGUUCGUGGAGCGUGACAUCCUCACAUUCGCCGAGAAUCCCUUCGUAGUCGGCAUGUUCUGCUCCUUUGAGACACGCCGCCACCUCUGCAUGGUCAUGGAGUAUGUGGAAGGUGGGGACUGUGCCACGCUCCUGAAGAACAUGGGCCCACUACCUGUGGACAUGGCACGCAUGUACUUUGCUGAGACGGUGCUGGCGCUGGAGUAUCUGCACAACUACGGCAUCGUGCACCGUGACCUCAAGCCUGACAACCUGCUCAUCACAUCCCUCGGCCACAUCAAGCUGACCGACUUCGGCCUAUCCAAGAUUGGCCUCAUGAGCAUGGCCACCAACCUGUACGAGGGUCACAUUGAGAAGGAUGCCCGUGAGUUCGUGGACAAGCAGGUGUGCGGCACUCCUGAGUACAUUGCCCCCGAAGUGAUCUUCCGCCAGGGUUACGGGAAGCCAGUGGACUGGUGGGCCAUGGGUGUCAUCUUGUACGAGUUCCUUGUGGGCUGUGUGCCAUUCUUUGGGGACACCCCUGAGGAACUAUUUGGACAGGUGGUCAGCGAUGAGAUCAUGUGGCCAGAUGGGGAAGAGGCGCUCCCAGCUGAUGCUCAGGACCUCAUCACCAGGCUGCUGCGCCAGAGCCCAAUGGACCGGCUGGGCACUGGUGGCACCCACGAAGUGAAGCAGCACCCCUUCUUCUGGGCCUUGGACUGGGCCGGGCUCCUGAGACACAAAGCUGAAUUCAUCCCACAACUUGAAGCUGAGGACGACACCAGCUACUUUGACACACGUUCAGAGCGUUACCGCCACCUGGGCUCAGAGGAUGAUGAGACCAAUGACGAGGAGUCCUCCACCGAGAUCCCCCAGUUCUCCUCCUGUUCACACCGCUUCAGCAAGGUCUACAGCAGCUCUGAGUUCCUGGCUGUACAGUCCACGCCAACCUUGGCAGAGAGGAGCUUCAGUGAGGACAGGGAGGAAGGGUGGGAGCGCAGCAGUGAAGGGGAGAAUGGUCGACGCUUAAGCAUGGAUGUGCGGUUGAGGCCCUGGACACCUGGUUCCUCCUGUCACUCAUCACCUUCUCAGCCUGACCGGGGCCCUAACCCCUCCCUCCUAAGCACUGUGAGUCUGGACAUGAUGCCCAAAUUUGCCUUCUCAUCUGAGGACGAGGGAGCAGGCCCAGGCCCUGCAGACCCCAAGAAGCCCAUCUUCAUCCUGGGGGAGCCUGACCCCCCACUGCCAACCACCCCAGUGACACCCAAGCCCUCCAGCCUUUCUGCUGACACAGCUGCCCUCAGCCAUGCCCGCCUCCGAAGUAACAGCACAGGUGCUCGGCACUCAACGCCUCGGUCCCUGGAAGCCAGCAGGGGCCGCCGCCUCGGGGGCCCACGAGACCCAGGCCCUGAGAAGUCCAGGGCUUCCUCUGGCAGUAGCAGUGGGGGACGCGUGCCCAAGUCAGCAUCUGUCUCGGCUCUGUCACUCAUCAUUACAGCAGAUGAUGGCAGUGGAGGUCCACUCAUGAGUCCCUUGUCUCCGCGAUCACUGUCCUCCAACCCCUCGUCCCGAGACUCGUCACCCAGCCGGGACCCUUCUCCAGUGUGUGGCAGCUUGCGACCCCCAAUCGUUAUCCACAGCUCGGGCAAGAAGUAUGGCUUCAGCCUGCGUGCCAUUCGUGUUUACAUGGGCGACAGUGAUGUCUACACCGUUCACCACGUUGUCUGGAGCGUGGAGGAGGGAAGCCCAGCACAGGAGGCGGGCCUGCGUGCCGGGGACCUCAUCACACACAUCAACGGAGAGUCAGUGCUGGGCCUGGUGCACAUGGAUGUGGUGGAGCUGCUACUGAAGAGUGGCAACAAGAUCUCACUGCGCACCACAGCCCUGGAGAACACGUCCAUCAAGGUGGGCCCAGCCCGGAAGAGUGUGACUAAGGGCCGCAUGGCCCGCCGCAGCAAGCGCAGCCGCCGGCGGGAGACCCAGGACCGGCGGAAGUCUCUGUUUAAGAAGAUCUCCAAGCAGUCUUCCACACUGCAUGGCAGCCGCAGCUUUUCCUCUGGCCUCCACCACUCAUUGUCAUCCAGUGAGAGCCUGCCCGGCUCGCCCACACACAGCCUGUCCCCCAGCCCCACCACACCCUGCCGCAGCCCAGCCCCGGAUGCCCCCGCAGAUGCAGCGUCCCCACCCAAUGUGUCCCCGAGCUCCAGCAGCCCCACCUCUCCGGCUACUGGCCACACCCGCCCCAGCUCGCUGCAUGGCCUGGCUGCCAAGCUCGGGCCACCUCGCCACAAGACUGGCCGACGCAAGUCCACCAGCAGCAUACCACCGUCUCCACUGGCCUGCCCGCCUUUGCCAGCACCCCCACCACGCUCGCCUUCGCCCCUUCCAGGGCACAUCCCCAUCCCUGCCAGGUCGCCCAGGCUGCGACGAGGCCAGUCAGCUGACAAGUUGGGCACUGGUGAGAGGCUGGAAGGAGAUGGAGGGCGACGUGGGCUUGGGGUCGACUCUGAGCUGGUCAUCAUGCGGCGGCUACACCUGUCGGAGCGCCGAGACUCCUUCAAGAAACAGGAGGCUGUGCAGGAGGUGAGCUUCGAUGAGGAGCCCAUUGGGCCCCGGCCCUCUGUGCCACACAUUGCAGUGGAGGGCGCCGAGACUGGACCAGGGGCCUUGGGACUGGCCACCAAGGACUAAUGGCCACCACUGUCCCUAGCCUCAGUCCCAUGAAUUUUCCGUGCAAUGUCUUUUCUGGAUGGGGACAUGGCAGGCAAGAAGCUGGUGCCUUCCUGGUAUUGUGGUAUGGGUCCCCAGCACGAAGGGCAGGCUCAGAGCGCAGGUGAUGUUAUGUACAUAGCAAACCCUUGCAAGUAAUUUAUUCCUUUUUAUAAGCAAAAGCCUGGCAUGCUGCCUGGAGAGGGUGGCUACCUGGUUUCAGCCCAAGACCCUGCUCUCUGGGCCAAGAUGGAAGCACUUUGGACAAGCCUGUUGUUUUUAGUUUUGUAGUUUUCAAAUGUGAGUACAUUUGUGCACUUGUAACCCAAGACCCAUUUCACUGGAUGCAACCAAGCCUGGCCCAGUUUGGAUAUGAUUUGGAAAUCAGGUAUAGUAACACAUGCCUGUGACCCCAGCACUCAGGUUGAGGCAACAGGAUCACUGUGAAUUCAAGAUCAGUUUGGGCUACAGUGAGAGUUUCACGUCUACCUGAGCUAGUGAGGCCCUGCCUUGACACCCCACCCACCCCAGUAAAAAUAUGACUGAGUCUAUAAAUGAUGUGUCUUCUCCACAAAACUGUAACUCCAGUGAUGAUGGGUUCUGAAGACCAUCUGCUACUAUCUUAGUGCCCACUCCAGGCUAGAGUCUGAAGGGGAGUUUGUGAAAACUGGGUUUUGAGGUAUGAAUAGGUGUUCACUAUGCAGAAAGGCCCACCCAUUCCAUAGGGUUAGCCUUGAAUGUAGCAGAGGACCUCAGCAGACUGCUUGCCUAGCACGCUGCCAGACCCAUGUUGCGUUCCCAGCAUCACAUACAACCUGUCCACAGUGGACAAAUCUGUGUCCGAGGCCCAGAAGCCUGAGCCUGCGACACAGUCUCCCUGAGAUGAGUCCACUGUGGCUGUGGGAACAUGGCUUUUGCACUCUACUUGAGCUGCCUCCCGUUGACAAGACUAACCUCAGUGACUCCAGGAAGCACUUCUGUGUGCCAAACACUUCUCCCAGUGGCUUCCUGCUCUCAUCGCUGUCACCGCACGGUCCCUGCACCCUAACAGAUGCGCUCCAAGGAGCAUGGAGCACAGCCAGCCUGAAUGGAGGUUGUGCCCACCUGGCAUUCCAGCCCACCCUGCACCUUUCCUGCCUCCACCCAACACUGCCUGAGCCUGAGGGAGACCAAGGCUGCAUGGCUUGUCCUCCAUCCUCCUGGGGCUGGUGGUGAAUAAAGUCACUCACAGAGAA